CGUAAAUACGGCAUGACAGUCACAUCCGUACCUUAUCAGUUUGACGAUCGGGACGAGCGUUAGAAUUUAGGUCCAAGGCAAUAAACCAUCUCGGUGUUUUGUUUUUGUCUUAUGGAUGAUGCUAUUUACAUUUUGGGAGCUGGAAGUAUUGGAAAUUUCCUAGCUUGUGAGCUGGCAAAUUUAUCAUGCUAUGAACACAACGUUGUACUGUUGCUAAGAAACAAAGACAGACUUGACCAAUUCAGAAGAAAUGGAUCAUACCUGAUACUCGAAAGAACACUAGAUGAUAAAAAGGUGGUGAUUAGACGUAAAUUUAAGGCCACAUGUUUAUCAGAACUUAAUGUGGAUACUAUUGACAACUUAAUUGUCACUACCAAGACAACUCAGACAGAAGCGGCUUUACGCGAUUAUCUUCCCUUAUUAAAAAGAGACUCUAAUAUUCUGUUCGUUCAUAACGGUUUUGGUGUGAUCGAAACCUUAGUUAAGACCGUUUGGAGGAAUGCCAACGUACGGCCGAAUCUUUACCAGGGAGUCACUUCUCACUCGGUGUUACCAAAACAAGAUUUUUACUAUUGUCACAGCUGCUUUGGUGUUAUGAAAAUUGCCAAAGUCUCCAGAAUGGAUGGAGACUUGUCUGUUGACGUUCCAACAGAACCCUGUGCUAUGGUGGAAGCCUUAUUACAGUCCAAAAUGUUGAAUGGUACUUAUUUAACCUAUGAUGAUUUACUAAUUUAUCAAUGUCAAAAAUUUAUGGUUAAUGCUUGUAUGAACUCUACAACCACCAUUAUUGAUUGUAUAAACUAUGAGCUAUCCAACAUCGCCGAGGUUAGAACACUUUUUCAAUCUAUUAUAACCGAAUGUGUUGAUGUGUUAUUUAAGACCAAUCAAUUCUUAGCAGACAAUGGAAAAGCGAGGGAAGUUUUAAACGUUCCGAAGUUGGUAGAUUUAAUUUUGUACCUUGGCUUCGUAGAAAAUGCGAAAAACAGUACUUCCAUGAGAAUCGACACACUUGCUAAGAGAGAAACAGAAAUUGAUUCAUUAAAUGGAUGGAUUGUCAAGUUGGCUAAGGAGAUAGGUUAUAGAGCUACUGUAAACGAAACAGUAACUCUUUUGGUUAAAGCAAGAACAAAAGUAAAUCAGAGACGUGCUUAAUUAAUACUAUAUAUAGUACGGGAAAGAGACCUCCUGUACUAAUACCAUGUUUUAUAUUUAUCAGUCGCAAACGAUAAUAAAAUAAAUAUAUUUUGAUCAAAACAUUACAGGGAUUCCUUUUAGAAUGUAUUUAAGCCUAG